GACGACCCAAACUCAACAUUAGGCAAACCCCACGGACCUAUCGUACAUUGGAAAAAACAUAGCUAUCUUGGAUAAUUUGUACAUUAAAAGUUUGUCAUGGGGCCUGAAACCGCCAGACCAACACCGGAAACAGUUCACUUCCGGCAACAAUUACAAGAUCCCAAGAACCGCCGGAAGUUCAUCCACACAUCGAUAUUUUACUUUUCGUUCAUAGCACUGGGUAUUUGCCGUGCCCAACAUGGCCCAGCAUUCUUGGACCUGGCGCAGAUCACUGGUAGCAAUGUAGAGGAGGCAUCGGUCUUCUAUACGUCCCUUGCGGUAGGGGGACUUGUGGGCUCAGUCAUCAUGGGUGUCCUCCUUGAGAAAUUCCCCAAACACAGGCAAGCCCUUCUGGCCAGUUCGUGCCUCCUGACCGCUGCUAGUGCCUGCGUUAUACCAUGGAGUAGAAACUACAUCCUGACCAUAUGUCUUUGUGGUGUUAAUGGGAUAUUAACAAGUGCCUUUGAUUCAGGUGGAAAUGUUGACAUGCUGAGCACAUGGGGCGUGGAAGGCAAGCUGUUUAUACAGAUUCUACACUUCUUCUUUGCCAUCGGCACCAUCCUAGCACCCCUUAUCGUGGAACCCUUCUUGGCUGAAAGGAAGACAUUCAAUGGAACACUCUGUGGCAUCUAUGACAUAUCAAAGUCUUUUAACUACAGCGACGGACCCAUAACCGGCAACUCAACUGCAAACAACAUCCUUCUCCCUGAGAGUUGUGUCCCUUCUGAAAGUCAGAUCCAGUAUGCAUACAUGAUAGCAGCUUCAUUCGGUUUUCUGGCUGGAAUCAUGAUAACUGCAGAAUGUUGUUUCAGUCCCCCAGACACGAAAGGUAAAACAAGAAAUGAAAACAAUCGUAAUCCUCGAGUGCUUCCCAAAUGGCUGCAAGUGCUUAUUCUUGGUAAUGUUGGACUCUUCUAUUUCUUCAACUGUUCCUCCAUCAGUGUCAUCGUCGGUUAUAUGAUGGCGUAUUUUGUAAAGGAUCUUGGAUGGAGCAAGGAAAAGACUGCCAAUUUGGCGUCAGUCUUUUGGGCGGGUUAUGCUGCCUCACGCUUGCUCUGUGUGAUACUAGAUCGCAUCCUAACACCUCGUCAGCUGUUAUAUAUUUCUAAUGGUCUAAGUGUGUUGUCUUUAGGUGGUCUCUGGCUCAGCAUUAUUCACGAGUCUGAGGCGGGGAUCUGGAUCUGCCUGGUACUUUCGUCAAUAGGAAUGUCAUCCAUUUUCCCAACUGGACUUUUAUAUCUUGAAAAUGAUGUAAUGAAGGUGUCCGGAAUGGUGACAUCAGUCAUCUGGGUGGCAGGAAACUUUCAAGGAGUUGUGAACCCUUUGUUGAUAGGUUACCUAUUCCAGAUGGUAUCCUACAAAUGGUACAUCUACCUUAGUUUCAUUGAGGCUAUAUUGGCUUUUGUGUUUUUCCUGUCCACUGUUCUGAUUGUAAAAACACUUUUGGAGAAGUAUGGCUCUCUUGAGGUGCAAAGUUCAGGCGAUGAGAAGAUCACGGAGGAGGCAUUUAUUGAGGAGAAUGAAAGAACAAAGAAUAACAAGCAUGUCUGAAUAGUUAGACUUACAUUGUAAAGAUACAUAAUUAUGCUUUGAGGUAAAGAGUGUGCCCAUGGCACAUAUAAACAAAGGAAUAAAAUUACUUUAAACACUG